AUGGAAUCCCUCAGUGAAGCAAAUACCCGCUUUGCACAUGAUCUGUUCCAACAGCUGAGAAAAUCAGAAAAGGAAAAUAUCUUCUAUUCUCCGCUCAGUAUCUCAGCAGCCUUAGCCAUGGUUUACUUAGGGUCCCGAGAAAACACUGCGUUAGAAAUUCAGAAGGCUCUUCACUUUAAUGAAGUCACAGAGGACACAAAAGGAGGAGCCACAACAGUUCACGUUGAAAAGUCGGGGAACGUGCACCAGCAAUUCCAAAAGCUUCUGACUGAACUAAAUAAACCCACUAAUGCCUACGAGCUGCACCUCGCCAACAAGAUUUUUGCCGACGAGACGUUUCUGUUUCUUCAGGAAUACAUGGAUGAUGUUAAGAAAUUUUACCUAGCCAGUGUGGAAAAUGUUGAUUUUAGAAAUGCUGCAGAAGAAAGCCGACAGAUAAUUAAUUCCUGGGCGGAAAGCCAAACAAAAGGAAAAAUCAAGGAAGCCUUUCCUCAAGGCUCUAUUGGAAACGCCACCGUUCUGCUUCUGGUGAAUGCCAUCUAUUUCAAAGGGCAGUGGAACAAAAAAUUUGACCCAGAAUUAACUAAGCUGGAUGAAUUUUGGGUGAACAAGGACACAAGCAAGCCCGUGCAGAUGAUGAAACAAAGGGGUGUCUUUAACUUCACCCUGCUGGAUGACGUGCCAGCUAAGAUCCUGGAGAUACCAUAUAAAGACAAGGACCUGAGCAUGGUGUUGCUGCUCCCCAGCGAAAUCGAUGGUCUUCAGCAGCUGGAAGAAAAACUCACCGCUGAGAAACUGGUAGAGUGGACCAGCUCGCAGAGUAUGAGCAUGAGGCAUGUGGAUUUGCACCUCCCACGGUUCAAAGUGGCAGGGAGCUACCGCCUGCAGCGGGAGAUGAAGGCCCUGGGCAUGGUGGACGCCUUCAGUCACGACGCGGACUUGGCGGGCAUGACGCGGGGCCGGGGGUACGAGCUGACCGACAUCCUACAUAAGUCCUUUGUGGAGGUCACAGAAGAGGGCACAGAGGCCGCAGCCGUCACCGGCGGAAUGGUAGGGACGACCUCGGUACCAUUCCACGAAAGCUUCCAUUGCGACCGCCCUUUCCUGUUCUUUAUCAAACACAACAAGACCAACAGCGUCCUCUUCCUGGGCAGGGUCUCCUCCCCCUCCUCCCCUUAG